UAACAUUGGUCGUUGGGUUGCCAUGAUAGGCCGGUUUCCCCCCCGGAGUGGUGAACAUCGUGCCAGGGUUCGGCCCCACAGCAGGUGCAGCCAUUGCUAGCCACAUGGGCAUAGACAAAGUGGCGUUCACGGGUUCUACAAAGGUAGGCCAGUUGAUCAAAGAGGCUGCAGCAAAGAGUAAUCUGAAAAGAGUGACCCUGGAGCUGGGUGGGAAGAACCCCUGCAUUGUCUUUGCUGACUCGGACUUGCAGUUGGCAGUGGAGGAGACCCAAAAGGGAGCCUUCUUCAACCAGGGCCAGUGCUGCACGGCCGCGUCGCGUGUCUUCGUGGAGGAACAGGUCUAUGAGGAGUUUGCACGCCGCAGCGUCGAGAGGGCCAAGAGUAUCGUCAUAGGAGACCCCCUGGACCCACGUACAUCACACGGACCACAGAUUGACCAGAAGCAGUUUGAUAAGAUACUGGAGUUGAUUGACAGCGGGAAGAAGGAGGGAGCCAAACUGGAGUGUGGGGGCGUGGCCAUGGAGGACACAGGACUCUACAUCCAGCCCACCGUAUUCUCCCAUGUCAAGGACCACAUGCGUAUCGCCAAGGAAGAGAUCUUCGGCCCGGUCCAGUGUAUAUUCCGAUUCAAGAGCCAGCAGGAGGCGAUAGAGAGAGCUAACAGUACGGAGUACGGCUUGGCUUCUGCCGUGUUCACACGCAAUCUGGACCGGGCUCUCUCUGUGUCUGCUGCCCUGGAGACUGGCACUGUCUGGGUAAACUGCUAUAACGCCCUCCAUGCCCAGGCACCAUUCGGAGGAUACAAAAUGUCAGGCAAUGGACGAGAGCUGGGUGAGUAUGCAUUGGCAGAGUACUCUGAGGUGAAAGCUGUGACCAUCAAACUGACUGAGGCACUGUGAGGGACACAGGAGAGACCACAAACCACUACUAGAGCCCAGCCCAGCACUACUGUCAUCAACUCAGGCUGUGUCCCAACUCUCUGAAGCCACUCCCUUUCAUCAUCUUCUUGUCUCCUUUCAUUUAUCACCUUUGGUCAUAAAGAGUUUGAUUUGUGCGUGUGCUGUGCUCAAAUCCUAUUCAACGCCUAUUUCACCUAUCACUCAAAGUCAUUAGGUGAAAAAGCCAAGGAAAGGAUGCCAUUGAAGGGUGUUGGGACACUGGAGUGGCUUGAAGUGGCUUUCUUUCCUUGGCAAAUUAAAGGAAACAAGGAGAGGUGGCCAAUCUGGAAGUGAAUUGGGACGCAGACAAACCCUAUUAGAGUUUCAGACCCUCCCACAGCUCUAUUGCUCCAGGGGUGUAUUCAUAGGAACCAAUUGGAAGCAAACAGGACGAAAUGGGAGGGACAUACCUGAAUUUGUCCAAUAGAAAUUGCUACGGUUCGCAACACUUUACACUAAUGAAUACACCCCAGGCCUUUACAAUACCACAGCACUUCAGAGCUUCACUAAUAAUAACAAAUAAAAAAAUCUGUUUCUUAAUUUGGGGUUUUCUGAUAUGAAUGUUCUUCUCUCAUUUUGAGGAGCAUUUUCUCCCUUUUCAAAUGGUGGAAUGAUUUUUAAUUCCCAAACAAUGUCAUAUUUACCUCUAUUUUUAACUUUCUAAUGCCCAGAAGAAAGACAUGUUUUUAACCCACUACAAUAACAAUAUAUAGGUCUAGUACUGUACUAGCAAACCUUAACUGGCAUUUUAACACUUUUAAACACUUUACAUUGUGUUGCAUUUGGAUCUGUGUACGAUAUCUUUCAGAGUUGCUCAACUAUAAGUGUGGCAACAUUCUGCUAACUUUACUAAAAUUCCCAGGUUUCACAGAAAUACUGGUCAGAUUCAGGAACCUGGGAAUUUUCUGAAAGUGAACAGAAUUUGGCAGCACUAUUCUUGAGUACUGAGUACUGAGUACUGAGUGCUGUUAUUAACAUAUUGUUAUGUCUUGGGUGACGAUACCCCUGAUGAUUUUUGUAUGCUUUGUGGUUUUAUUGAACUAAAUGUAGGAAGUUUUGCAAAUGGUUUGAUGGAAUGUAUUUCUUUGCAAUACAUAUGGGGCAGGUUUCCCAAACUAAAACAGCAUUUCAAUGGAGAUUCUCAUUUGAGAUUUGUGUUUAAUCCAAGCACUAGGGUUAAUCUGUGUCUGGGAAACCGGAGCCUAAUUCAAUAAGGUAAAACAUGGGGCUUGUGUCCUAUUGGUGUUUUAAUGGUAUAACAAUGCUACUGAAAACUGCCAUUAUGUUGAAAAUACAAGUCAUUUGGACUCCAAUAAUGUCUCCAUUCCUUGUCACAAUAUGCACCAUAUGUGAGAUGUUACAAUGUAUAACAAACCACAAGGAAACAAGUCAUUCUGUUUGUUUCAUUUGCUAGACUCUCACUUUUUAUAUGGAUAUUUAAAUAGACAUUUUAAAUAAAAGAAAAUGGAAUGUG